CGACAACGCGAGAAAAAUUAGUAUUUUUGCACUUCACAAAUUAAUGACCAUGAGUUCGUUUUUGAUAAACUCCAACUACAUCGAGCCCAAAUUCCCUCCUUGCGAGGAAUAUUCGCAGCACGGUGGCAACGGCGGCGGGGGCAGCAGCUACCACCCGCAUCACCAGCACCAGCAGCACCACCACCACCACCCCCAGCCGCAGCCGCAGCAGCAGCACCCCCAGCCGCAGCAGCAGCACCCGGGCCCGCCGCUCCGCCAGUACUACCCGCGGCCGAGCAGGGAGCCCGGAUACCAGCCGCCGCCGCCGCCGCCACCUCCUCCUCCGCCGCCUCCUCCUCCUCCCGAGGCUCUCUACCCCGCGCAGCCACCGCACUACUCCGAGUCGCCUUACAGCUAUGGCAGCCUCGGCGCCACCGCGGGCCCGGAGCAGCCUCCGCUGGAGACCUCCCCGCCGCCGCCGCCCCCCAACCCUCCUCCUCCAGCGCCCGCUCCUCCCGCCUUGAAAGGCCACCCUGUCCAGGCGCAGCCCCUGCUCCAAGGCCACGUCCCGCAGCACCCGGUCCAGCCCCCCCAGCGCCACUGCGAAGCGGCCCCGGUGGCCGAGCCCCGCUUGCCCCCUAAAGAGCCGGUGGUGUACCCCUGGAUGAAGAAGAUCCACGUGAGCACGGUCAAUCCCAACUACAACGGAGGGGAGCCCAAAAGGUCCCGAACUGCCUACACCAGACAGCAAGUCCUGGAGCUGGAGAAGGAGUUCCAUUUCAACCGCUACCUGACCAGGAGGCGACGCAUCGAGAUCGCGCACACGCUCUGCCUCUCCGAGCGUCAGGUCAAGAUCUGGUUUCAGAACCGGAGAAUGAAAUGGAAGAAGGACCACAAACUGCCCAACACUAAGAUGCGCUCCUCCAACCCCUCCGGUCUCAACCAGCAGGCCAAAGCGCCGCCACAGCAGCAGCAGCAGCAGCAACCCCGGGGGAGGCUGACCCCCAACUCAACAGCGCUAUGAUGGCCCCUCAUAGUCAAGGGACCCCCAUCCUCCUCCCCCCCAUCCG